AUGAGCAAAUUCUAUUUCGGAGGAGGUUCAGGCGACGUCUCCUCAGACGACGAAGAUAACCUCCCAUACCCCGAGGCACUACCACGCAGCGACUUCCUUGCUCCAGACUUCGACGCGCCUGCAUAUCUGUCUACACUCUCGGAGCGCCACCAGACCCUGGAAGAUCUUCGGUCUGACCUGAGAGAAAGAUCUCAAGCACUUUCAAAGGAGUUGUUGGAUCUUGUCAACACCAAUUAUGAGCAGUUUUUGAGUCUAGGCUCUGAUUUGAAGGGCGGGGAAGAGAAGGUUGAGGAUGUGAGGGUGGGGUUAUUAGGUUUUAAGCGGGGUGUGGAGGAUGUGAGGGGCAAGGUUAGAGAGAGGAAAGUUGAGGUGGAAGGAUUGUUAGGAGAGAAGAAGGAUGUGAGCAAGCAGAUUGCGUUGGGUCGGAGGCUAUUGGAGGUCGAUGCACGACUUGAGGAGCUUGAAGACAGACUUAUGGUCUCCUCUCUCGGCCGAGCUGUCAAUGGAGGGGAUGAGGACUCUUGGACCGACAGCGAGGAUGAGGAGGACGACGAUGAUGAGCUUGGAGUUGAGACUGGCGUCGCAGGAACUAGCACAAGAAAGCUUCAACGACUCGUUACAGAUUGUCUCCACGUUGAGCGUUUGUCAAAUAGUGUGGGGAAAGAGCACCCAUUCAUUUCAGCUCAGCAGUCUCGGAUGCUUCGAGUCAGAAACACCAUUCUGCUUGACCUGAGCACGACGCUGAAGCAGACUACCUCCACAGGUGAAGAAGGGAAGUCAAGACUCCUCAAGAUACUUGGAAUCUACAGAGAUUUUGGGGCGGAAGAAGAGGCGAUCAAGGUACUAAAAGGGAUGAAAUCACGAUAG